GUGAGAUCGACUGGGCCCACUUUGACGUCAUAUCCGUUGUGGCUGUUUCACGCACGAACUUAAGUUGAUCAUCUACCAGUUUUUCUAUCUGAGUUUUUGACACUGGCAGCCAUGGCCAAUCCCGUUGAAAUCAUCAACAAGGUGAUGGAGCAAACAGCGAAGGCUGUAGAGGAGCAGGUGGAUGCGCAGUUAAGCAAACUGAAUGAUAUGGACGACGAUGAUCUGGAGAGGCUGAAGGAGAGGCGGUUGGAGGCACUUAAAAAAGCACAGAAGCAAAAGCAGGAAUGGCUGUCCAAAGGCCAUGGGGAGUACAGAGAAAUCUCCAGUGAGAGAGACUUUUUUGGCGAAGUGAAGGAGAGCAAGAAUGUUGUCUGCCACUUUUACAGAAAUUCAACCUUCAGAUGUCAGGUCCUGGACAAACACCUGGCUAUCUUGGCAAAGAAGCAUGUUGAAACCAAGUUCAUCAAACUGAACGCAGAAAAGGCCCCGUUUCUGUCGGAGAGGCUGCGCAUCAAAGUUAUUCCUACACUGGCUUUGCUUUUAGAUGGAAAAACAAAGGAUUAUGUAGUUGGAUUCACAGAUCUGGGCAACACAGAUGAAUUUUCCACUGAGAUGCUUGAAUGGAGACUUGGACGCGCAGAUGUGAUCAACUACAGCGGUAACCUGAUGGAGCCACCAACAGGAACACAAAAGCCUGGUUCAAAGUUCACUAAAGUGGAGAAGAAAACCAUCAGAGGCCAAGGUUACGACUCCGACUCCGACUGAAAAGCUUUCAGACGCGGCUGGUUUUCUCUCUCAAGGCUACCUCACUAAUAUGCUCAGCAGACCGCCCUCUUUAAUUUUUACCUCUCAUCGUUCAUUCGUUUCUUUGUACAAAUUAAAAGAUGUGAUUCUUUCUUUUGGUCCAAUUUCAAGUUUUAUUUAAUGAAAGCCGUUUUAAUAUUUGUCAGAUUAUAUCCUUGAGCAAGAAAUCACACUAUAUGAAAUUCACUGUUUAUGUUUUUAUUCUGUCUUUUCACGGCCUAAAAACUUCAAGCCUUCUCUUUAAAUCACAGGCUUGUUUGGUUCAUUGUUUUUAUGUGGAGUGUUGUGUUAGAAGAGAGCCUGUGAUGUUUGCGGGUGUCAAGAUCAAAUGUGUUCGGUUUUUAGCAUCACAAUACAUUUUUACAUGACAUGACCUUGUAGCAAAGAGUUUAACUUACAUACUGGCGUAAUAAAAAGCAGUGGAAGAAUUUCA